CAAAAUAUGAAAUCUACAAUCAUCCAAGUAUAAUGACACGCUUGAGUGGCAUUUUACGCAGUUCGAGAAACAUUAGAUGUAACAUCAAACCGUCAGAGAAAGUUGUGCGAUCAUUCGAUGCUUUAAGAACAGUAAAUAAAUCGACCCAAAUCACAUCUGCAAUACCGUUAAACCUUUCGAACAACAAUUCAUUCUUACCGUUUCUCUAUCCCCCCUUUUUCCGCAAAAAUCUUAUUCAUCACCACUGUAACAGAAGGUUUUCAUCAAUUUUUAAUUCAAAUGAAGAAAAUAGCCAAGAUCGUAAGCUAAAUGAGGCGAUGGAUGAAGGAGAAAUGAUAGAAGAAGAAACGCGUCCUAAAGUUCUCUUGCUUAGGAAAUUAUCGAGACAAAAGUUAGCAUCAUUAUACAAACAACGACGUCUUCUCGUCAGGCGAAAAUCAAAAAUUCGCAAACAAGCCAGAAUCUUCAUGGAACAAUUGAGGCUUGGUAAAGAUAUUUCCGAAAGGCAAAAGUUUCAAGCCCUAUUUCUUUCCAGUCAGAUGAAGGCCAUCAGCAAAAUCAUCGCAUCUCAACAGAAACUAGAAUUUGUUCAAUUAACAAAUUUUCGCCAAAAAGAGAUAUCGGAAGAAACUUUUUCCAAAUUAGACACUAGGACAUCGGAGGAGAUUGAAGAGAAAACCGAAGAAUGGAAAAAAUUUGUUGACGAUUAUACCCCACUAAGACUGAUCAGAGCACUUUUAUCGUCGAGAAACAGCAAGUCAAAGUAUUGGAGGAUCCACGAAAUUUUCGAGGAAUUGUUGCAUGAUUCAGAUAAUCUUAAGAGUGUUUCGUUGCAUGAUUUACGACGUCUUGCAGAGUAUUUUUCUAAAAUACAUCCCCCACACACUGUUUCAGUAUUGGAGGCGGCUUUGGAUCACGGAUUCAAACUUACACACGAUGAUUAUCAUCUGCUGCUAGUUUCACAUCGAAAGACCAAAGAUCGAUUAGGUAUAAUGGAAACUUUUGAGGAGAUGAGGGGAAAGGGAUUUACUCUUCGAGCUGUUGAUUACAGCGAGCUCUUAAGAUGUCUAAUGGGCAAAGGUGGCAAGGAUACUGAUUUGGCAAAGAGAUAUUUAAGUGAAGUGAGAUCACAACAUUUUAGGUUAGAUAUGGAUGCUUAUGCCGCGUUAAUUGAUGGGUUCAUAGUAAACAAUGAUGUAUUUUAUGCAGGACAAAUUUUCAUAGACUUUGUAAAGGAAGGAUUGGUUGCACCGGGCAUUAUUUUUCCUAAAAAGCCUGUCGAUAUGAGUGGUGGUGGUAUUCGUAAAUGUAUUCCCGCCAAUAAUAUCAAAAACAUUGACAAUGAAGUAAUAAAUCACGAUGACAUUGCUAUUAAUAAAAAAGAUGAAUAUUCAGAAGUUGUUAAGAUGCCAUCGUGGCAAACAUCAUUGUUGGAAGAAAUUUACACCAUACUACUUCAAACAUUUAUUCAUCAAAAUGAUCUUGACAAAGCAAAAAAAUUUUACGGAAAAUUGCUUACCGUCAAUCCAUCGCCAGAUUUUGAGCUGGUUCAAAUGAUGGUCGAUGCUUGCCUGAAUCGGAAUGAGAUGACCACGGCAAGACUGUUGUUAAAGCGCACGCGCACUUCAAAUCUCGGAUGCAUUUAUGGACAAGUAAUUGAAUAUUGCGCAAAGCAAAAAAAAUUUAAGUAUCUCUGGAUGGUUUACGCGCAAUCUUUGGAUAGGCAAAUCACAUUAUCCGAAAAAACAUACAAACUAAUGCUAUUAGCGUAUUAUCAAGAAGGUUACUUUACUGACAUGUUAACGCUUUACAAGGAGUCCAAGUUCUUGGGUUACUUUCGUAAGGAUCUUUAUAUUCACAAUCUUGUGGCUCGAAUCUUG